UGAACCUUUUUAUUCUUCUUCCCCACUCUGGUAUUAUACAUGGCUUCCUCGUUACUGUCAGUGAGGGCCACUGGUCGUAGAAUGGCUGCGACUUUACGCCCUAUGCUGGCUUCUCGUCUGAUCACUCGAGUAGCUCUUCGUCCUGCUGUAUUGUCUCAAACCCCCAGGGCCCUGUCAACAUCCGCAUGUCGCUCCAUUGCUUCCCCAAUCGACAUUAACUCACUCCCAGAAGACGAUCCGCGUCGUGCAGAACGUUUCAUCGAUGAAACCGAUGUAGUCAUUGUCGGUGGUGGUCCUGCUGGUCUCUCCGCCGCCAUUCGAAUGAAACAACUCGCCAAUGAAGCCGGCCAAGAAUGUCGUGUUAUGUUGAUUGAAAAGGCUGGCGAAAUUGGUGCUCAUAUCCUUUCUGGAGCUGUUAUUGAACCACGGGCCCUCAACGAAUUGAUCCCUGACUGGAAAGAAAAGGGCGCUCCUCUCAAUCAGCCAGCGCUUUCUGAUAGUAUGAGACUAUUGACACCUACCUCGUCAAUCCCACUUCCACACCCUCCUCAAAUGAACAACAAGGGCAACUACAUUGUCUCCCUUAGCAACUUUGUCAAGUGGUUGGGCGAACAGGCUGAAGAAUUAGGCGUCGAGAUUUAUCCUGGCUUCGCUGCUAGUGAAAUCAUGUAUGGUGAAGACGGCAGUGUUGAAGGCGUUUAUCUCAACGAUGUCGGUUUGGACAAAAACUUUGAACCCAAGGAUAGCUACGAACGUGGUAUGGGCAUCAAGGCUAAAGUCACACUGUUGGGUGAAGGCUGCCAUGGCUCUCUUUCCAAGACUUUGUUCAAGAAGUUCGAUUUGCGAAAAGACUCUCAGCCCCAGAAGUACGGUAUUGGCAUCAAGGAAGUCUGGGAAGUUACUCCUGAAAAGCACGAACCCGGUAAGGUCGUCCAUACCCUUGGCUGGCCUAUGGAUAUACAUUCCUAUGGAGGUAGUUUUAUGUACCACUUUGAACCUGAAAGACGCUUAGUGGCCAUUGGUUUCGUGGUUGGUCUUGAUUAUGAGAAUCCAUACAUGAAUCCUUACAAGGAGUUCCAGCGAUACAAACAACACCCAUUCAUUCGUAACGUAUUGGAAGGUGGCAAGUGCAUUUCCUAUGGCGCUCGUGCAUUGAACGAAGGUGGUUUCCAAUCCAUUCCCAAGUUGGUGUUCCCUGGCGGUGCCUUGAUUGGCUGCACUGCCGGUUUCUUGAACUUGCCAAAGAUCAAGGGUACUCACACAGCGAUGAAGUCUGGUAUGAUUGCUGCUGAGUCUGCUUAUGAUACUUUGUUCGGCGCUACUCCUCACGAAUCUGGACCCGUGGUCCUCGAUUCAUAUGAAGAGAACAUCAAGGACUCUUGGGUUUGGAAGGAGUUGUACGAAGUUCGCAACAUUAAGCCAAGUUUCCAUGGACCACUCGGUAUGUGGGGUGGCAUGGCUUGGUCCGGUCUUGACACAGUUCUCCUCAAGGGUAAGGCGCCAUGGACCUGGAAGCAUAAGAAGGCUGAUUGGGAAGCUCUUAAGCCUGCAAAGUAAGUUGAUACCCCGCUACGCACAUCCGAUACCUCAUGCAUUAAAGAUUGUCGAUUUGCCACUGAUAGAGAAUGCAAGCCCAUUGAAUACCCCAAGGCUGAUGGAGUCAUUUCAUUUGAUCUUUUGGAAAGCGUGUCACGUAGCGGUACCAACCACGCUGAGAACCAGCCUGUCCACCUCCGUCUUCGUAACAAGGAUGUUCCCGUAGAGAGAAACCUUAAGGUUUUUGAUGGACCUGAAGGGCGAUUUUGUCCAGGUAUGUUUACUACCAUGCACCCGCGGAACCAAAAAAAUAAUAUUAACAACUCUCUCUGAAUAGCUGGCGUGUA